GCAAAGAGAUGACAUUUUUGCAUUUUAAACACUAGUCCCCCAUUCGUCAAGUAUCUUUUAGUGCUAUAAUUCAUAAUGUACAACGAUAAACGUUUAGAUAAAUCACAAACAAUGCCAGUACCACCGCCACCGGCGGAAAUUCUCCAUCAUAACCAUCACCUUUCACAUCAUCCUCACCAUCACCCCCAACAGAUCCUGCAUCAUCAUCCACCGCCUCCGCAACCUCCCCAACAACAACAGCAGCAACAACAGCAACCUCAACACCCACAUCACCAUCAUCAGCAUCUGCAACAUCAGCACCAAUUACAACAGCAGCAGCAACAACAACAACAACAGCAACAAUCACAAUCGCAGUCACAGCAACAGCAAUCAACAAUGUUUACAAGAUUCGACGCGAAUAAAUCAACAAAAGGUGCAUCCAAACUACGGCGGGAUCUAAUCAAUGCCGAGAUAGCCAACCUCAGAGAUUUACUACCGCUGCCACAGUCAACGAGACAGCGGUUAUCGCAGCUCCAGCUAAUGGCGUUGGUGUGUGUUUACGUUCGAAAAGCGAACUACUUUCAACAAGUUUCAGCUUUGCCCAUUAAAACACUUCACAUUCCUUUAAUGAGAUUUCUCGUCUCUCUUUUCGUUCUUCACAGAUUCGACGCGAAUAAAUCAACAAAAGGUGCAUCCAAACUACGGCGGGAUCUAAUCAAUGCCGAGAUAGCCAACCUCAGAGAUUUACUACCGCUGCCACAGUCAACGAGACAGCGGUUAUCGCAGCUCCAGCUAAUGGCGUUGGUGUGUGUUUACGUUCGAAAAGCGAACUACUUUCAACAAGUUUUUAAAAGACACGACAUUUCAAUUCACCAUGCGCCAACACCAAAUAUAGGCUUCUCCAAGGCCCUCUCGGGAUUUCUCAUGAUGCUUACACAAAAUGGAAAACUUCUUUACAUUUCCGAUAAUGCAGCUGAAUACCUGGGGCAUUCAAUGGAAGACCUCCUCAUCCACGGUGAUUCCGUUUACGAUAUCAUUGACAAACAGGAUCAUGGCCCCAUUCAAGCCGAACUCAAUCGUAAUGUCCCCCAACAGCCCGGUCAACAGCAUAACUCAGCAAUGUCCAGUCUUGAGGGUGAACAUCGCAUGUUCCUCUGUCGAAUGAAUGUCAGUCGAAACGCCAGAAGACAAAUGAGAUUCGGUGACCAGAAGGUUGUAUUAGUUCAAGGCCAUUACCUGUCAUUUUUGCCACUAUGUAGUCGCAACGAGCCGGUCUUUUUGGCUACAUGCACUCCGAUUGCCAUGCCCGAGACCAGGGAGUGUGUUGUACAAGGUGCAACAAAUGUCUUUACAACAAUUCAUUCAAUGGACAUGAAAAUAGCACAUAUAGACAAGAAUGGUGAGUUUCACUUGGGUUACAGCAAAAGUGACAUCCAGGGUUUGUCUUGGUAUCAUCUCAUUCACUCGGAUAAUCUUCGUGAAGCUCAGAACAAACACCGGCUAAUUACCCAAUCAGAACAGGACAGAUCUUGUAUACUUUUGGUCCGAAUGCAAAGGCGGCAAGGGGAAUUCAUUUGGGUGCAUGUUGUUCUUCAAGUUCGAGACAGCCAGGACAGUAGUAAUCAACAGCCAGUGAUAGUGUGUACAAAUCAAGUUUUAAAUGAACGUGAAGCGUCCGUGAUGGUUGCAAAUUCUUGGCUGUAUCAUUUUUAUUCAGUUCAAUCGAAGAUCCAAUUUGGAUUGCCAUUCGAAGGACCAACCCGUGUUCCACCGACCACACCUGCGUACUAUCACCAUCAUCCAACCCAUCCACACCAUCAUCAUCAUCACCAUCAUCAGCUACACCAUCAUCAUCAUUCGCCAACACUGCCGGCGAAUCUUGGCCAUGGAUAUCCACCGCCUCCACCACCACCGCCACCAUCGUCAUCUCAUGUGCCAUAUGGAUACCACUCACCCGUGGGCAUAGGAUCAGCCGGACAUCACCACCAUCAUCAUCAUCAUCUUUCGGCUUCGCAGCAAUCACCUACGUCACAUCAUGUGAUGAGUAGCAAUGAUGGCAGUGAUGGUAGUCACCACCAGAUCCAGCAUCACAAUGGUUUGGUUGACGGUCACGGGUUGAGCACGACGUCGUCGUCGUCAAUCGAAAACGCAACGACGUACUCCUCUGUGUAUCGCCUAGAGAGCCAACCAGUUGAUUACAGCCAAGUACAACCUCCUCAGACAACAUCGACGUCAGCUACAUCACCUGGUGGUCAAUCCGAGAUGCGUUGCAAUAGUGCCAAUAGCUCGGGGUCCAGCUCAAAUUACAAUAGCAUGCGAUUGGGAUCACCACCUGCUGUGAAAAAACGUCUAAUUGGCAAGCUAGAACCGUUGUACGUCGUUGAGAAUCAUUCACCCGAGUCAAUUACCGAUCUAGACACUCACUAUGGCAGCAUGGAUCUGCAUCAUCACCACCACCAUCAUCACAGUAGCUCGGUGGUUUUUGCCACUGUUGUGCCCACAAGACCACGUCUGCUGACCAAAGCUUUGCCCAGUGAUCCCCCGGAUUUUAUGGAUCAAUGGAAUCCAAGUCCCCCAUGGUCCGAAACCGCUCAGAAACUUACCGAUUCUGCCCACCAGGAGCUGAGUCCUUGCAUAACAACUACUCCGCCAACGCCAACCAGCGCUCCACCCGUUCAAACACUUGGUCCAGCAUUUUCAUUUGAAUGGAUGUCAGAUCAAUUCGUACCCAUUAUGGAUCCAUCGUGCGGUCCGUGCGUAUCGUGUUUCACUCCCGAAGGUAUUCCCGUUCAAGUGCCAGUUCAUCAGAUGUCUUUAGCUCAUCAUCAUCACCACUGGUCGCCAGUUGUACCACCAACAGCCCAAAUACCCGCCGAUCACAAUCACCAUCACCACAGACUUGUUCUGCAGAAUGGUAGUUUGGGUUCUCCAUCAGAGACGACGGCGGUGGAGGACAACAUUAGUGUGGAACAUGUGACAGUAAUUACCAAAGGCGAGGUUAUAGAUGAGACAGAUGUCAAAGGUUCAAGAAGUUGAAAAUAAAUCAACCCUCAAAGAUAAAAGAAUUUAGAUGUCAAAAUUCUUCUCACGCAAUCAUCAACA